AUGUCCACAGCCACCAUCCUCCAGAGCGACUUCCUCAGGUUUGGGGACGGCACCCAUGAUUCCAUCGCUGGCGCGGGCGUGAGCGGCUCGACGGACGCCCUUCGACAGCCCUUCACCCGCAUUGACGGACAGUUCACGCAGCUCAGCUACUCAAGCUAUCCAAUGAGCGUUGCGCUUUCCAUCGGAGGCGUGCAGCAGGAGGAUUGUCUGCGGGACAGCGCAAGCACACAGACGGCCGAUUUCUCUGGUUUUUUGGAGGACGAGGACUUGGGCGACGGGCGCCGCCUCGGCCACGGCACCAUCUCUACCUCGCAGACGUGCGCAGUAUCAGGCGAGGAGGCUGGCACCACAAUAUCCCUCACUCGAGCCUACAGCCUCCGCGCGCCCUCCUCGCGAUCACUUGCGGUGAGCUUCACCGUCUCGGCGUCGGCUGGCAGCGCUCGCGAUGUCCGCAUCUGGUGGGGGACGCGCGAUGAUUGGGUUGGGGAAACCGACCAGCCGGCAAAGGCGGUGGGGGAUCUCACGAGCGAUGGCACGUUCGUGGUGGCCACCGACUCCACCGGCAAUGCAGUUCAAAUUACAUCGGGGUCGGAGGGCGUCCUCCUAUUCAGCCCCGACGCGGGCGCCCGCGCCCUCGUCGCCAGAUGUUGCACCUUCAGCAAUAUAGUUGCUCUCGAUCCUGAGACACGCUUCAGCGGCGAAGUGAAGAAUGACGGUUCGUACGGUCUCUUCCUCCCGCUCUCCGAGAUCAGCGAGGGCGACAGCGCCACCGUCACAUUCGCCUAUGCCGCAGGCCCCGUCGCCGACCUGGCCGCGAUUGGCGCGGCAGCCUAUGCCGCAGCUGAGAGCGGUGGGUCUGGCACCUACGAUGAGCCGAGGCGAAAGGUGGGGCGGGUUGAGUGCGAGCGGCUCUGCACGGAUGAGGCGUGGUGCGUUGCCUUUGAGGUGUUCACCGAGGCGGGUGAGAGCUUGUGCGAGCUCCACACCCAGCCGAUCGCCACGGCAAAAACCUCGGGUCAGUGCGGCGGCCUCGACUGCAGCGGCUUCCGAUGCUACGCAAAGCCCACGGUCGCCGUCUCUGUCGCCGUCUCAGUCGUAUCAGCGGUGGUCUCGUCGGCCAGCGCAUCGCUCGCUAGCAGCAUUGGCAGCGCUGGUGGGAGCGGCGCCGGGGCCACGCCGCUCGUGCUAGGAGUGCAGCGCUUCGCGAUGCUGAACGGGCUUGCUGUGAACAAGUCAGCAGCACAGGCGGCGGUCGUUGGCUCCAUGGCCUGGACCAAGGGCUCGGUCGACUGGUUUGGCCGCAGGGCGACGGCUGGCGAUUACGAUACCGAAGCGGCGCCUCUCGGCCGGCGACUCGAUGGCAUAUAUGGGCUGGGCGGCAAUGCGGCUCUGCCCGAGGGCCUCUGGGCGCUUAUCGAGCAGCUCGUCACCACCGCGAUCGCCCUUCCCCUUGUGCUGCUGCUCCAAUACACCGGCGAGAUAAGCUGCGGCCGAGAUAACAUCUGGUACGCUCACCAGGCGACGGUGGAUCGCGCCUCGGCGGUGGAGGUCUUGGUCGCCCGGGGCUCAUCGCGCUUGUCGGCGGUUGAGCCUCGCAGCUCCAGCCUUAGCUCUCCUCGGCGCCGGCGCAACAGCUCGCGCGAGCGUGAGGCUGCGGAGGCUGCGAAGGGUCCAAAAUCGCCACCGUCGCCGACAACCGACGGAGUCCGCUUCAUCCCGCUGCCGUCCGUCUUUGUCUUUCCGAAUUUGCUCACCGUCGGCCUCAACAUUUUGCUCACCGGUCUCACCGAGGCGGCGGCGGCGCUGUUGGCAGAGCAGCCAGAGCCCAUCUUUUGUUGGCCUGCCUAUGUCGUCCUCGGCUUUGUCGGGCUGUACGUGCUAGUGACCUUGUCGGUGGUCCUCCGCUUCUAUUACGGGGGCCACAGAAAGGAGCUGUGGGUCCCUGCACGACCCCAGACGGUGGACGAGGUCCAUGACCCCAUUCUGCGCAACGUGCAGCGGUCCACUUGCCGCGAUUGCUGGCGGAGGCUAUUCAAUAUAAUCGAGCGGUACCGAGGCGAAAUGCGGUCGACCUCCGACUUCUAUAGCUCCCUCUCCGCCAUGCUCAUCUCGCGCUCCUCGGGCGGAGGCCUCGUCGGCCUGAUUGGCAUCACGUACGAUUGGCUCGCCCUCGUCGCGCAGCUGGUGCUGGCCGUCCUGCUCGGCAUCGGCGACGUACUGGAGUGGAACUCGAGCGCCGCCAUCAUCCAGGUCUGCUCGGUGCUCGGCUUCCUGCUUGUCCUCUCGCUAAUCCUGUUCCUGCUCGGCCCGGGCGCAGACCGGUACGAGUGCGCUGUCACGGCCAGCAACAUGCUUGAGAAGGAAGGGUGCGUGGCGAUAUAUCUUGUCCGUGACGUGCCAAUGUGUCCACAGGCCAGCCAGUACAUGCUCGAGGGGCUCGCGACGACAAUGGUGCUCUACUACCAGGCGGAGGACAACGGCACCGCGCUCGUGCUCCUGCUCUGUGCCAUCUUCUUGCCCGUGGUCCUCCAGCUGUACGACGGCCUCAUUGUCGCCGUUGUGAUGCGCCUGCGGGGGCACAAGAAGGUGACCUGCAAGAUGUGGGCGCUCGCGGUCCUCUCGGUAAUUGUGGCGCUGCCGGCCGCCUUCCUCAAGCUGCUUGGCCUCGACACAGGCCUCACCGAUGUCAUCACCGACUCGGUUGAGGCGGCCGCCGACAUCGCGGUGGGCGAGGCAACAGCAGAGGACGCGGACUCAUCGUCGUCGUCGCUGCCGAGAGAGUCGGGCUCGGGGCGACGUUCUAGCCGCUUAGGCUUUGAACAGCCGCUAUCCCCCGUCAACGAGCUGUACUAG